CGCAUCCAUACGCAAGGAGAACCACGGGCACCUCGCCGUCUUCCUGGCAGUCCUCGGUCCACGGAGCGUAUGACUCGCUUGGUACGCCGUCCUCUGCAGCGGCGAUGUACUCUAGCCCCGCCUACUCCAGCCACACGCACCUCACCUCCGCGUACGAUCAGCGCCGCGACAGCUGGGCUUCACAUGCUGCGCUGCACCACGAGCCUCGGGGAUUGGCAGACGGGGGCUCCGAUGGGUCUGGUCCCGCGGUUUUGUCGUGGUCUCCCACAGGAUCCCCCAUACUCGGUCAAACGCUCGCAUCAGCUCCAGCCGUCGCCUUCUCCGCUGCGGCAAACUUGCCGGCGGGCAGGGCGCGCGAUCAUUUCCGCGUGCGCUCGUACCCUUCGAUGCAGUGGCAGUACGAGCAUGCAAGUGUCCUUCCUCAUUCGUCGCAGGUGCACCACCAUCCGUUACCGUACGCUCUAGAACGGGGCGCGACAGCAGCCAGCGCGGGAGGAUUCCACAGGUAUGGCGGCGGAGAAGGGGCUCACGCCGACCGCUAGUUGGGGCGGAGAACGUAAGCGGACUAUAUCUCGGACACG